UUGACGUUUCGUCUUUUUUCGCCAACACAGCGCGAGUUUGUGGGUUCUUCUUAUUUUCUGUGCAUAUUUGUGUACGUCUGUCGUGAUAAGUUCUGCUGUUUAAGUUAAUCUAUUUAUUUUAAACAAAAUGUCUUCAAAAACGAACAAAGCUUUCACUAAGGAAGAAGAAUUGCUGCUGCAGGAUUUCAGCCGAAAUGUCUCCACUAAAUCCUCUGCACUUUUCUAUGGAAAUGCAUUUAUUGUAUCUGCUAUUCCCAUAUGGUUGUUCUGGAGGGUGCACGCGCUGGAAGUGAGCGCGUCGCUGGCUUGGUUUGCGUUGGUGACGGCGGCGAGCACUUGGCUGUUGGCCCUGGCGUACAGAAACACCAAGUUUCAACUGAAGCACCGCGUAGCUGUGAGGCGGGAGGACGCCGUCGCCCGUGAGAUGACCAGGAAACUUGCCGACGACAAGAAGAUGAGCAGGAAGGAGAAGGAUGAGAGGAUCCUGUGGAAGAAGAAUGAAGUUGCCGACUAUGAAGCCACCACCUUCUCCAUCUUCUACAACAAUGCGCUAUUCCUCACCAUCGUCAUCCUCAGCAGCUUUUACCUGCUGCGCUCCUUCACACCGACUGUUAACUACAUCGUCUCGCUGACGGCUGCCUCCGGUCUGCUGGCGCUGCUGUCCACUGGCACCAAGUGAACAUCUCCAAGUGACUGUUGUGUGUGUGUGAUGCAAAUGUGGACAUUUUUCCAUCGCUCAUUCAAGUUCUAUGGGAAAAUGCGCCAACUCUACUACGUGUCUAUUUAAAUACCCAUAAUUAAGCUGAAUGUUGAUAUAGUAUACAAUUUAAUAAAAAAUAAGUUUUUUAAAAACA